AUGGAAGCAUCCGCUGUUACCGUCCCCGCUAUAGAAAAGAUGGGAGAUCCUGGGCCGCGGCCCUACCCGAAAUACUACAGCGCGCUAGUCCCACAAUUCAUUCGAGUAUUCGAACUCGAGGCGGGCGACUUCUCAGACCCCAUAGUCGGACGUCUGGUCCCGCAACCAAUCGACGGGGAGCCGUACGAGGCCAUCUCGUACGUCUGGGGCGACACGCGCGACCGACGCGACAUUACCAUCCAAGGCAAAACCCUCUCGGUCACCGCGAGCCUGCACGCCGCGCUCACAGCCUUUCGACACCUUGCCCUGUCCGACAGCGCGUACGGCAGCGAUGGAGACGACGACACCGGCGGCCAUGCGGAGGCUGGGGGAUCGGCAAAGGCGGUGGAGCAACAGCGGCGACAACAACCCGUGCGGCGGCUGUGGGCCGACGCGGUCUGCAUCAACCAGGAGGACCUGGACGAGCGCACAUCGCAGGUCGAGCUGAUGGGGCGCAUAUUUGCCGGCGCGCACCGGGUCCUGGCCUGGAUGGGCUGGGAAAAGGGCGUCGCGGGCCGUCAUCACAUGCGCGACGCCAUCCGCUUCAUCCACGACUUCAUGAAAGACCCCGAGGGCCGCCUGGUUGAGGCGCGCAUUCUGCUGCACCACGACCCCGCCGAUGCGCACGCGACCGGCGACCUCGCGGGCGGGACGCUCGCGCUGCUGUCGGAAGAGGAUCGGGGCCGGUAUCGGGAGCAGGCGCGCCGGUGGAGCGCUGUCAAGUUCUUGUUUAAAAUCGAGUACUUCCACCGCGCCUGGAUAGUGCAGGAGCUCGGCCUCGCCCGCGAAGCCAGCUUGUAUACUGCGCUCUGGCCUUCCGACACCGCAGAAGGCAGGUCGCAGCCGCUGGAGCUGCACUCAGUCGGCUGGCCGCUCCUGGGCCGGUUCGUCAAGUUUCUGGACUACAACGCGGCGUCGCUCGUGACCCAUCUCGGCCUGCUGCUCUGGGUCGCGCACCACAUACUCAUGAUUUGGGAGGUCAAGAACGACGGCACGCCCGACUGCGACUUCCUCACCGGCAUGCACUGGGCGCGGAUCCUCGGCGUGACGGACCCGCGCGACCGCGUCUACAGCCUCCUCGGCCAUCCGCUCGCCGUCAUGGAUGGUGUGCCCGUCAUCAAGCCCGACUACACUGUGACGCGGGGCAUCGUGUACACCAAGCUGGCCGUCACUUUCAUCCAGAAGACGAGGAACCUCUACGUCACCACCCUCGUCGACCACGAGGAGGACGUUUGCGUCAACGAGAGGCACUGGGACCCCGAGGACGAGGGCAGGAUGCCCAGCUGGGUGCCAGACUGGCACAGCAUCAACAGGACCACGCCGCUGAGCUACUCCGCGGCGCCGGCCCAGGAGGAAGACGACGCCGUCCGCAUCCAAGGCGACAUGACCGGCACGAAGGGGAUGCCCAUGCCGCAUCUGCUCGUCCGGGGCUGGGUGGUCGACGAGAUCGCCGCCGUGUCCCACCGCAUGGAGACGGCCGACUUCCCCGUGACGAACCUGGCGCGGGAACAAGCCAAGAAGAACCCCUUCUGGCUCGACCGCCUGUGGCAGGUCGUGUUCCCCGCCGACGGCCGCGCGGAUCGCUCGGACGCCCUCGAGGUCCUGGAGUCGCUGUCCCUGGCCCUGCCGCUGGGCACGCGCGAGAAGGACGAGCCCAUGACGACGGCCGGCACCCAGCAGACGCGCGCGGAGCACAGACGGUCGUUUGCCGCCUACGUGCUCGAGUACCACGAGCUGCGACGUUCAGUCCCCGGAUCCCACGACGGCGCCGGUCGCCCGCCGGCCCGCUCGCUGCUCGAAACCCUGCCGCCCGACGCCCAGGCCGAGGUCCGCCGGCGCGCCCACGGCGCCACGGGCGAGCGCUUCGUCGAGUGCAUGACGUGGCCCUCCAUGUGCCGCGUCGCCUACCGGACCGCGUCGGGCCUCGUCGGCUUGGGCUCGCGCGUCACGCGCCCGGGCGACCUGGUCUGUCGCGUGCGUGGCUCGCCGGUCCUGAUGACGCUGCGUCGCGUCCGAGACGUCGCUGCCGGCGCCGAGGACGAAGCGCACACCAUUUCCUGCGCGCACGUUGCGCCCACCAUUGUGCCGGCCCGCAUGAUCCGAGGUGUCACGGACGGCGGGGAGUUUGGCGAGAGACCUGCCAGGUUUCGCAUAAUAUAG